AACUGCAAAGGAGCGAGUACAUCGCCGCCUGUACGGUGGUUAAGAGGAGGGAUUAAGCGCGGUGGAGGGGAGAGAGGACGGCACGGAGGACAGAGACUGAGCGAGGAGGAGCUCGAAUGCUUUUUUUUUUUCCCCCUUUCUACUUUCUCCGUGACUUUCGUGCAGGUAGGAAACAUCCAUGGAGCUCAGUAAAGAACAGCCAGCCUGCCGAGCCAGCGCGCCCGCAGUCGGGCAGUGUGUGGAGCUGCAGCGGGCGCGCGCUCUGUGAGGAGACAUGGGCAACUUGAGGGUGUGCCGCGCGGCGCUGGUCGCGUGCGUGGCUUCGCUGCUCCUCGCGCUGCUCUACUUCCACAGUCACCUCAAGGCGGCUAUGGAGUAUGGCAGCAGGAGGCCUGGCUGGCAGGGGAAGGCUGGGAGAAGCCCACUCCAAACACUGUAUGAAGGCGACCAGUUGGAGCUGUCCACUGCGCAGAUGAUUCACCAAGCACGCCGAGAGCUUCUUGAGGAGAUGUGUCGGUCUUAUACCAGGAAGAGACGUGUCCUCAUCCCAGAGGACAUAAAGCACCUCAUUGUGGAUGACCAGCAUGGGCUGCUCUACUGCUAUGUGCCAAAGGUGGCCUGCACAAACUGGAAGCGCGUUCUCAUGGUGCUGACAGGAGAUGGCCGCUAUAGUGACCCACUUGACAUUCCAGCCAAUGAGGCGCAUGUACCAGGGAAUCUGCGCACACUAUCAGAGUACACCACAGCUGAGAUCAACCAUCGAUUGCGCAAUUACCUGAAGUUUGUCUUUGUCAGGGAGCCCUUUGAGCGCCUGGUGUCGGCCUACCGCAACAAGUUCACACGCAAUUACAACACUGCUUUCCACAAGCGCUAUGGCACCAAGAUUAUCCGGCGGUACAGGGCAGACCCACAGCCGGAGGCGCUGGAACAUGGUGACGACGUCUCCUUUGAGGAGUUUGUGCGCUACCUGGUAGACCCACAGACCCAGCUGGAGGAGCCCUUCAAUGAGCACUGGGAGCGAAUCCACUCACUUUGCCAUCCCUGCCUUAUCCACUAUGACGUGGUGGGCAGGUAUGAGACACUGGAGCAGGACUCGCGCUAUGUGCUGCAGCUGGCUGGUGUGGAAAGCCAGGUGCGUUUCCCUGCCUCUGGAAAGAGCACGACGACUUCAGAAGACAUGGCCGCCCAGUUCUUUCGCAACAUCAGCCCCUUGUAUCAGAGGAAGCUGUACAACCUCUACAGGAUGGACUUCUUGCUGUUUAACUACUCUGCACCAGCUUACCUGAAAUUCAGGUUUAGCUAACCUUUUAUAAUUUCACUUUCCAUUUCAUUGAGUUUUUAUUUAAACAUUUAUUCUGACAUGUCUUGACGAAAUACGUCGUCUUAAGUGACGUGUAAAUUUGUCAUCAUCCAUAGCUGUGUAUUCCUUCUGAUGCCUAUGUGUCAAAGUCAGGCACACACCCACAAUCUCAGCACAAGUACAACUUUAUCAACACUUUCACCAUAUUUGGUAUUCCUUUGCGCCACUGAUUGUAGUGGGAAUAAUUUUACUAAAAAAGAAAUGUUAUCUAUGUGCCUUGAAAUUAUGGACUUUGCACAGUGGAAACUUUUGUUCCUGUUUUACUUUUUUAGUUGGUGUCUGAUUAGAGGACCCCUAUUUAUGACAUUUUUUUGCAGAUAGUUCUACUGGGUAUAUGACAGUUUUGGGUUUUUUGCACCUGUAUACUGGUUGCUUCACAAACUAAGACUAAUGAAUGAAUCACUCUUUGCUUUUAUUACUUUAAAAACCUUUCAGAAGCCUACCAGAUUUUGCUGGUUAUUAUUGGUGGGCCAGCACGAGCUGAAUUUAGUUCACUUAAAGGGAAACAGGUUUCAUGUCAGAUUUGAUUUUAUAUGUCCUGUACAGCCAAUACUGAGGUAUCGACAUAUGAGGUACAUUAGUCUUUCCCAGAGUGGGGUAUAGCGGUAGUUGUUGUCUGUGUUGGGCAUUAGACAGUGGUGAAGCACCUUGCAGUUGUGUGACAGCCAGCUGUAGCAGCAGCGUCCUGACAGUAGGUGUACCCCUGUGGGCAAAGAUGCUCUAGUAGGGGGUGAAUAAAUAUGAAAAAGGAUGCAGUGUCAGACUGUUCAACAGGGAGUCCUUAUCCAGUCCUUGACCGCAUUGUGGAAAGCUGGCCUGCCACAUGAAUGAGCCCUGCAUGUACAGUACAUCUGUGCUCAGAGAGAGGAUUUUUAUUUUUAGUAUGUAAUUUUUUUCUCUUAAUGUGUGCUACUCCUAUUUGCUUCUGUUACAGUGGGAAUCUUUCAACAAAAGUUAUUACGAAGUAAACCAAGGUCAAACAAGCAAUUGUAGACCUCUGCUAUGUCUACAUUUUGCGUGCUACACGAACAUUAAAGACUUAAUAUUUCUAAUCCAAAAAAAUGUGAAAAUCAAAGUGCACUAAUGUCUUAAUCUUAAGGUGUCUCCACAAAGUCAUAAUAGGAUAAGUGGAAUUUCCGCAUUUGCUUGAUAGGUGUCUUGAAGACAGUCAUAUUUACUAUCCAGUUAUAUAUUUGUACAGCUCUGUUUUGUCAUUUUGGGUAAAGGAACUGAACUAAAUAAUCUUAAUUUAUGAAUUUAAUUUGGUGUUCUUUAUCCAAAAUAACUUAUUCAUUGUGCGUAAGUCAUUUUAAACAAUUUGAUGUUAACAGCAAAUAUUUAUUUGUAAUACAAAAUUUCCAGGAUGAUCUCUUCUGUAACACAUUUGUGAAAGAUGCUUAAUUUUGCUCCAUAAAAAAGGUUGUAUAAAUAUCUGAAAUUGUUUUUCAGACAGUGUCACAGGCAGCAGUGGAAGGUUAAUCUGCUGUGCAUGGGGGGGGGGGGGUCUUUUUUCAUUAUACCCACUAUGAGUGAGUUAAGGGCUUAAGUGUUUAUGUGGAGCUGUGCAACAAAAAGUGAAAUAUGUCAUUAGACAGUGUUAGAAUUACAGGCAGUCCCUGGAUUAUGAAUGAGUUCCAUUCCUAAAUCUGUCUCUAAAUUGGAUUUUUCCAUAAAAUGGUGGUACAGUUAGGUAGGGUUGGUAUCUACUGUCACUUAGUCAAAUGUUUGUCUUUGUAAAUAGUAUAUUGUGUACCUUUCUAUGCA